CCAUAUAUAAAGAUCACCGGGAGUUCCCGAAAAAUCACAUUCAGUAUCCUAAGCCGAACAAUGGUUAACAUGAGCUAUCACCAAUCUCAACUAAAAUAUAUACACAGUCCGAACCCAAGACAGUCGAGAAAGCGAAAUACUAAAAGAAAAAGGACUUGUUGGGACAAAUUAUCGCCAACGACCAAUUGCCAGACUUGAUCAUAAGAGGCUUUCAGAAGUCCUGGUCCAGCGCGUUCCAGUGUGUGGAAGACUCAUCGGUGUCGACUGAGUAACGGAGCGAAAGAUGACUGCCGAGUGGCUUCACCUGCCCCCUCCGUACCCCCCAGGUGUGGGACCGCUGUGUGGUGCAGAGUUGGAGGCGUGGUAUGAGGACCUGCAGGAUAUACUGGGAUCAGACGGGGGCGGGGCCAAACUGGCGCGUGCCGCUCCCUGCUCUGAGAAGGAGCCGGAGUUCCUAGAUGUUCUGGAGAGCUGUUCCCUGACAUGGCUGACAGACGGGGUGGGAGUGGGUGUCGGGGAAGAGGCGUGGGACGGAGGUGAGGGGGUCCAGAGGGUCACGAUCCCAGACGAGCCUCCUACCCAUCCACCCCACCACACCUCCUCCAACACCUCCCGUCCGAGUCCAGCUGAGGAAAGGGCGGAGAGGCAAGGGGACAGGGAGGGAGGGAGGGAUGGAGAAAGAGGUGGCUCAGGAGGAGGGGGCCUGUUGCCCCCAGAGUUCUUUGAGUUGCUGAACGAGGGAGGGGUGGGCAUGGUGGAGACCGGAGGGGUGGGCAUGGUGGAGACAGGAGGGGUCAUGGUGAGCGGUAGCCACCACCAUCAUCAUCAGCUUCAUCAUCACUCCGACAAUGUCCAACAACCUGAGUCUCCCUCCGCCAGCGAGGAGGAAAACACCUGUGUCCCCGACUCUCCCUCCUGCUCUUCCUCCUGCUCUCCCUCCUGCUCUUCCUCCGCCUCUCCGUCUACCUCUCUCAACUGCUCUCCUCCUUCCUCUCCUACUAGCACCUCGUUCUCCUCGUCUCGGCAGGACAAACGCAAGAGGGGCAACUCUCUGUCCUUCGCUUCCUCCGGCUCACACUCAUCCUCCUCCUCUUCUGCAAAGAAGAGCAGGAGAGAGAGGGAGCAGGAGAACGAGAGGAAGGUGCAGGAGCUGACAGAUCAGAACGAGAGGUUGAAAGCGGAGAUAGACAGACUGGGAGAGGAGGUGCAGAGGACACGCCGAGCCCUGAUAGAGAGACUAGUUAACACCAGGAAGUGAGGGAGGAAGGAAGUAACAAAGCAGAAAAUUAGCAUUUGGAAUAGCAGGUUGGCGGUGAAGGGUUUAAAACGGUAGUGACUUUGAAAUGCAUUUUCUAGACAGCAUUAAGAGAAACCUUUUCUAGACAGCAUUAAGAGAAACCUUUUCUAGACAGCAUUAAGAGAGAAACCUUUUCUAGACAGCAUUAAGAGGGAAACCUUUUCUAGACAGCAUUAAGAGGGAAACCUUUUCUAGACAGCAUUAAGAGGGAAACCUUUUCUAGACAGCAUUAAGAGGGAAACCUUUUCUAGACAGCAUUAAGAGAGAAACCUUUUCUAGACAGCAUUAAGAGGGAAACCUUUUCUAGACAGCAUUAAGAGAGAAACCAGAAGAUAUGUUUUAAGAAGAAAGUUAAAUGAUAAUUUUCUGAAAAACUGUAUGAGAAAGUAAGGAAAAAGGGGUAGAUAUAAAGAAAGAGCGAGCGAUGGAAGAGCAAGUCAAAGGAACAGCACGAAGAGAAAGAACGGUGGCAGACAGAUGGACAUACAGGGUGUAAAGUAAUGGAGGAAGAGGUCCAGACAUACAGGGUGUAAAGUAAUGGAGGAAGAGGUCCAGACAUACAGGGUGUAAAGUAAUGGAGGAAGAGGUCCAGACAUACAGGGUGUAAAGUAAUGGAGGAAGAGGUCCAGACAUACAGGGUGUAAAGUAAUGGAGGAAGAGGUCCAGACAUACAGGGUGUAAAGUAAUGGAGGAAAAGGUCCAGACAUACAGGGUGUAAAGUAAUGGAGGAAAAGGUCCAGACAUACAGGGUGUAAAGUAAUGGAGGAAGAGGUCCAGACAUACAGGGUGUAAAGUAAUGGAGGAAAAGGUCCAGACAUACAGGGUGUAAAGUAAUGGAGGAAAAGGUCCAGACAUACAGGGUGUAAAGUAAUGGAGGAAGAGGUCCAGACAUACAGGGUGUAAAGUAAUGGAGGAAAAGGUCCAGACAUACAGGGUGUAAAGUAAUGGAGGAAGAGGUCCAGACAUACAGGGUAUAAAGUAAUGGAGGAAGAGGUCCAGAAGGUGGACAUACAGGGUGUAAAGUAAUGGAGGAAGAGGUCCAGACAUACAGGGUGUAAAGUAAUGGAGGAAGAGGUUCAGACAUACAGGGUGUAAAGUAAUGGAGGAAGAGGUCCAGACAUACAGGGUGUAAAGUAAUGGAGGAAGAGGUCCAGACACAGAUGGACAUACAGGGUGUAAAGUAAUGGAGGAAGAGGUCCAGACAUACAGGGUGUAAAGUAAUGGAGGAAGAGGUCCAGACAUACAGGGUGUAAAGUAAUGGAGGAAGAGGUCCAGACAUACAGGGUGUAAAGUAAUGGAGGAAGAGGUCCAGACACAGAUGGACAUACAGGGUGUAAAGUAAUGGAGGAAGAGGUCCAGACAUACAGGGUGUAAAGUAAUGGAGGAAGAGGUCCAGACAUACAGGGUGUAAAGUAAUGGAGGAAGAGGUCCAGACACAGAUGGAUAUACAGGGUGUAAAGUAAUGGAGGAAGAGGUCCAGACAUACAGGGUGUAAAGUAAUGGAGGAAGAGGUCCAGACAUACAGGGUGUAAAGUAAUGGAGGAAGAGGUCCAGACAUACAGGGUGUAAAGUAAUGGAGGAAGAGGUCCAGACAUACAGGGUGUAAAGUAAUGGAGGAAGAGGUCCAGACAUACAGGGUGUAAAGUAAUGGAGGAAGAGGUCCAGACAUACAGGGUGUAAAGUAAUGGAGGAAGAGGUCCAGACAUACAGGGUGUAAAGUAAUGGAGGAAGAGGUCCAGACAUACAGGGUGUAAAGUAAUGGAGGAAGAGGUCCAGACAUACAGGGUAUAAAGUAAUGGAGGAAGAGGUCCAGACACAGAUGGACAUACAGGGUGUAAAGUAAUGGAGGAAAAGGUUCAGAAGGUGGAUGGGGUCAUGCUCUCUAUUGAGAGGUUGCAGUGUACUGUAUCUACAUGUAGGGCCGGGCGUCUCAGGAAGGAUCUUUGAAAUCGAUGCGUUAGCUAACGUCGAAUGAUUGGGCGGUUUAGGUUAUUCAGUCUAGCGCAGAGUUCAGUUUGAAGUACGGAUGGGUUAGAUUCAAUUAACCGAUUGGGGCCUUUGAUUCCAAAAAUGAAGGAAUUGAUUCGGAAGCAUCUACCUAUGAAGAUUGUGAACCAGCACCUAUCCCAAGCGUUGCAUGGGUCACGUUCAUUAAGCAUCAAAUGCAAAGAAACAAAGUGGGACUACAAUGUUGCAAAACAUUUUAAAACGUUUUCUGUUGCGUGCCCUAAUGAAUGCGAUUGUGAUUGAGCGUUUUGCUCGUUAAGCCUAGUGAAGUGAUUAGUAAAAAUUCAGAUUUGUUUCGGGGUGUCGGCAUUGAUUCCAAAAUUAUGGCUAAUCGAAAAAAAACAAUUAAAGUGAUUUUUUCCCAUUGCCAGGAGUUAUUGGUUUGGGGGUUUGGCAGAAAUUUUUAUUGAUCGGGCUCCGUCAACGAAGCGAUUCUGACAAACUUGUGUUGGACUCAUUCCUAGUAUGAAGGUAGUGAGAACUAAAACAAGGACAGUGCAUUUCAUAGUCACGACAGCCUUUACCUAGCCUGGUUAAACCUGACUGAAUGCUAAGCCUACCUUUGUUUCCCAGGGAAGCAACCGGGGAACGUAGCUAAAUACCAGGCUAUCCCUUAUCCGCCAACCUCAAACCUAAAGACAGCAGAGACCAUCAGAGAUAAUAUUUCGUGUCCAGUUUGUGGAGUAAUAUAGAGCUCAGGAAAGUUUGUCAGUCAGUAACUCAGUACUUAUAUAAGCCGCUACGGCUUUACUGUGCGUGGAUACACCUAGAACGUGGAUAGUUUUACACCUAGAACGUGGAUAGUUUUACACCUAGAACGUUGGAUAGUUUUACACCUAGAACGUUGGAUAGUUUUACACCUAGAACGUUGGAUAGUUUUACACCUAGAACGUUGGAUAGUUUUACACCUAGAACGUUGGAUAGUUUUACACCUAGAACGUUGGAUAGUUUUAGAUAGUUUUACACCUAGAACGUUGGAUAGUUUUAUACCUAGAACGUUGGAUAGUUUUAUAACGAGAACGCUCAUCUUUUUCUAUCAAAUUGACUGAAUUUAGUGGUAGUGAUAUUUACAAUGUAGAGCUCUACCCUGAUUCACAUAUAUAUAUUUUAUAUACUCCUGUAUUAUACAGACACAGUUCUACUGAAAUAAAACCCAUAUUGAUUCAACAUUUCACUGUAAAUGAUGCAUCGGUUUAGUGGUUGAAUUAUUUAUGUUAAAUUACAAGGAAACAUUGUAUGUACUUUGUCAUUGUAUGUUUAGAGUUGCAAAUAAAAUCCUUUAAAAACA